AUGACCAGUGGUUUUCCAAGCACGGUGUUUCAUGCCCAUCAUGCGGAGACGGACGGCAGCUGGGAGGCGCCUUUGAUCGGAGCGAGACGAGCCCCGUCGGGCACCGGCACCAGCACCCCCGGGCACCGGCACCACCGGCACUGCAACACCCCCGGCAUCGGAAUCCCCGGGCACCGGCACCGCGGCACCUCCGGCACCUCCGCCACCUCCGGCCACCUCCGGCCACCUCCGGCCACCUCCGGGCACCCACAGCCCCGGCCACUGGCGCCGCCGGGCACCGACACCCCUGACCCCGGCACCGGAGCGCUGCCGGCACCGACGUCCCCGGGCACCGGCAGCCCCGGCUCCGGCACCUCCCGGCACCGCACCGUCCUCCCAGGAGUCCGACACCGCCAUCGGGACCGCGGCACCGCCGGGCACCAGCAGCGGGAGCGAAGCCCUCGGCGCAGACCCCGAGACGUCCCCGGGACAUCGGGCGGCACACCCCCGGGCACCGGGACCGAAGCCCCAGGGCACCAGCACCGGGCUGCGAUGCUUCCCGGGGCGGGUCCCCUCGCCUUCCUCCUCCGGUGCCUCCUGCUCCUCUUCGCCUCCGAGAGCCGAGCUCGGGCUCGGCCUGACGCCUUCUGCGACUUCAACGGCAAGAAGUACAGCCCAGGGGAGAGCUGGCACCCGUACCUGGAGCCCCAGGGGCUGAUGUACUGCAUCCGCUGCAGCUGCUCCGAGAACACCAACAUCAGGUGCUACCGGAUCCAGUGCCCAGCUCUGCCGUGUGCCAGCCCUGUCACGGACCCCCAGCAGUGCUGCCCGCGGUGUCCUGAGCCACACUCUCCAUCCGGCCUGCGUGCGCCCGCCAGGUCCUGCCAGUACAACGGGACCACGUACCAGCAGGGCGAGAUGUUCAGCACCAGCGAGCUCUUCCCCGGCCGCCAGCCCAACCAGUGUGUGCAGUGCAGCUGCUCUGAAGGCCAGAUUUACUGUGGCUUGGUGACCUGCCCCGAGCUGCUGUGUUCCUCUCCCUUAACUGUGCCGGAUUCCUGCUGCCAGGUCUGCAAAGAUGGCUCCUUUGAGAAGUCCACAGAAGAGGAACCCCUGCAGUUAAACAGAGGUGUUAGACAUUCACAAGACCAGUGCUUGGGAGAGGUGGUGGGGAGGAAACCACCUGGAGCCACCGUGUCCACUGUCCUCAGUUCUUCCCUGGAGUUUAUUCCCAGAAGCUUCAAACCCAAGGGAACAGGUGGCACCACUGUGAAGAUUGUCUUGAAAGAGAAGCACAAGAAAGCUUGUGUUUACAAUGGGAAGACCUACUCCCAUGGGGAAGUGUGGCACCCUGUCUUCCGGCUCUACGGCCUCCUGCCCUGCAUCCUCUGCACGUGCAGGGACGGCAUCCAGGACUGCCAGAAGAUCACAUGCCCUAAGGAGUAUCCGUGUGAAUAUCCAGAAAAAGUAGAUGGGAAAUGCUGUAAAAUAUGUCCAGAAACCAGAGUCAAACCCACGGAUGAAAUCGCCACCCCUCGGUGUGGCAAGAGCCCCAGCCGUGUCCUGGUGUACAUGUUUGUGCCACCGCGCUCGGAGGCCUCCAAGGAGAUCCUCAGGACCAUGGCCAUUGAGAAGGAGCUGGCAGAAGAGGUGGAAAUCUACAACUGGAAGCUGAUUAAAGGAAUAUUCCAUCUGAUCCAGACCAAGAAGAUCAGCAAACAAGAAUUCAAGCAAGAAGCACAAAACUUCAGGCUGAUCACCAGGACAAACGAAGGUCACUGGAACAUCUUCCGUGCCCAGACAUCAGAGCUGAGGAUGACAGAAAGCCCAGAGAAGGAAACAAAGAAUUUGUAA